CGGGAGAUGUCUGUCCGGUGGGCGCCAUAUUGGAGCAACAACUAUUGUUAUAAAUUGAUACGGGGCUGCUGCUGGCUAAGUUUACAUGUUUUCUGCGUGUUUGUUCUGAAAAUAUUUGGAUAUUUCUACGCAAGGUCAUGAAAGAGAUGUCAACGACUGGUGACAGUACGCUUGGCGGGCAGCAGCCUCGGAAACAUUAUGGCAUCACGUCUUCAAUCAGCCUGGCCUUUCCCAGAGAGAUAGACCAUAUCUACACUCAGAAGCUUACUGAGGCUAUGAAACCAUUUGGAGUGUUUGAGGGUGAAGAUGAACUCAAUCACAGGCUUGCAGUUCUUGGGAAGCUGAAUUCAUUUGUGAAGGAGUGGAUUGCAGAAAUCAGUGAAUCAAAGAGUCUUCCACCGUCAGCAGUAGCAAAUGUUGGUGGCAAAAUCUUUACGUUUGGGUCAUAUAGGUUGGGAGUGCACACAAAAGGUGCUGAUAUAGAUGCUUUGUGUGUUGCCCCACGUCACAUUGAAAGAACUGACUUUUUUUCAUCCUUCUUUGAAAAACUAAAACGGCAUGAUGAGAUUAAGGAUCUACGAGCUGUGGAGGAUGCAUUUGUACCAGUCAUCAAGUUCAAGUUUGAUGGAAUUGAGAUCGAUCUGCUGUUUGCCAGGCUCGCUCUACAAUCAAUUCCUGAUAACCUGGACCUGAGAGGAGACUCUCUCCUCAGAAACUUGGACAUCAGAUGCAUUCGCAGUCUAAAUGGUUGCCGUGUUACAGAUGAGAUUCUAUAUUUGGUGCCUAAUAAAGAGAACUUCAGAUUAACAUUGAGAGCGAUUAAAUUGUGGGCCAAACGUACGUCUGAUUUAAAACUUGCCUUCAGACGCUUUUUGUCUGGUUUGAAAUCAAGACUUCUGAUCUCUUUUUCAAGACUGCAAUUCCUCUAUCCAAAUGCUGUUGCCGCCACACUUGUGCACAAGUUCUUUCUGGUCUUCUCUAAAUGGGAAUGGCCAAACCCUGUGCUUUUAAAACAACCUGAAGACAGCAAUUUGAAUCUGCCAGUCUGGGAUCCACGGGUGAAUCCAUCAGACAGGUAUCAUCUGAUGCCAAUCAUCACUCCUGCAUAUCCACAACAGAACUCUACCUACAACGUGUCCACUUCCACACGUACCAUCAUGAGUGAAGAGUUCAAGAAUGGUCUCACUGUUACAGAUGAAAUUCUUCAGGGUAAAGCCGAUUGGUCCAAGUUGUUUGAACCUCCCAACUUUUUCCAGAAGUACAAGCACUACAUUGUCCUCACUGCCAGUGCAUCCACUGAGGAAAACCACCUUGAGUGGAUUGGACUGGUGGAAUCAAAGAUAAGAGUGUUGGUUGGAAAUUUGGAGCGCAAUGAGUACAUCACCCUUGCCCAUGUCAACCCACAGUCUUUUCCCGGAUCAAAAGAGAAUCACAAUGAGAAUGAAUUUGUUUCCAUGUGGUUUAUUGGAAUCAGCUUCAAAAAACUGGACAAUUCUGACUGUGUGAAUAUUGACUUGACCUACGACAUCCAGUCCUUCACAGAUACUGUUUACAGACAGGCAAGCAAUAUCAAUAUGCUAAAGGAUGGCAUGACUAUUGAGGCCACACAUGUGAAGAAGAAACAGUUGCAUCAUUACCUGCCUCCUGAACUUGUGCAGAGGAAGAAGAAGAGUUUGGGAGAAAUAAACCGGAGCUCAAAUGGUGGCGGGUCAAAGCGCUGCUCUCUGGAUGGCAGUCAGCUUGACAGCUCCAGGGACACCGAUAUCGGUACCCCUUUCAGCUCUCCUACACUAGUCAGCAAACCAUGCCAGCCAGUCUCCUCACCUGAAGACAGUAGUAUCACCCCACCAAAGCAUCCAGUCCUUGUAUUCAUAGACAGCCCAACAGCAUCAGAAGUUUUUCCUCCAAAACCAGAACAGGGAAUGUCCAUUCCAGUCAUCGGAUCCAUGCCCAUCGCCACUCCAGCUGCCAAGCCCCCAGCACCUCCCGCUGGCAACACCAUUCCUACAGUGGUGGGACGUAGUGUGAUACCACGUAUUACCUCUUCCUCCCCUAGCCCCACUGAACUGCCCAACAGUGUCAAUGGAGCACCAAAGAGACCUCACUCUCCAUCUCAGGAGGAUCCACCUAAGAGGCACAAAGAUACAGAGGUGUUUUCUGAUGACUCUGCGUUUAAAGAGCCAUACCCUCCAAAUAGUAAUGGCUUGGACUGUGAAGAGAGGCCAGCAGUGGAGGGUCUUUCAGCAACCAAACCUAUGCCAAUACCAACAAUUGAUACAUCAAGAUCACAGAGACUACCUAGUAAAGAGCUUCCGGAUGCAUCUUCCCCAAUUCCCACAAGUAAUCUCCGCGUGGUUAAAAAUUCAAUCAGGCUCACCCUUAACCGAUAACAGUGAGCUAUCUACAGGUUGUCCCUUAAAGAGUGGAACCACACUUGUGUAACAGCAGUGCUGCUUUUAAACUGCUACUGAUAUUUGGCUGGUCUUCCUGCUUGUUACAGAGUUGCAGAGUUCCUGCUUGUAAAGUUUUGCCCCCCCCCCACACACACACAGUUUUUGUUUUUUUUUUAUGCCUUAUUGUGUCAGAAUGCUUGCUUAAACAUCUAUUUGAGCUUUUGAAACAUUGUACAGUAGAUGUAGUUUGUAUAUAACUUUAAAAAUCAUUGUUAGUCUUUCUAUGCCACCUUAAUGUAGUUUUUAUUAA